AUGUUAAGAUCUUUAAACGUUGCUAAAUCUGCCUCCAGGACAUUCUCCAGCACAACAAGGUGUUGGGGUACCAAAGUGUUUUUCACUCCCUCUAUUAAUGGAGAAACUCAAUCUCCUAUCAAGUUCGAAUUGUAUGAUGAUGUUGUUCCUAAGACUACCGAAAACUUUAGGGCAUUAUGUACCGGUGAACAUGGAUUCGGUUAUAAGGAUUCGAUUUUCCAUAGGGUUAUUCCUAACUUUAUGUUACAGGGAGGAGACUUUGAAACUGGAAAGGGUUAUGGAGGAAAAUCCAUUUAUGGACGUAAGUUCGAGGAUGAGAGCUUUAAAAAGACCCAUUCAAAGCCUGGUUUAUUAUCAAUGGCAAAUGCCGGGCCAAAUACCAAUGGGUCGCAGUUUUUUAUAACCACAGUACCUUGUCCCUGGUUAGAUGGUGCACAUGUUGUCUUUGGUGAGGUUAUCGAUGGGUUUGAUGUUGUCAAGAAGAUUGAGGCUCAGGGAAGUAACAGUGGAACUACAAAGGUUCCAAUCGUUAUCGAAGAUUGCGGUGAAAUCAAGGAUUAA